AUAAUAUGAAUUCAUGUGAGGAAAGGAAAGCUGCAGCAGAAGGCAUCCAAAUUCAUCUUACAUUAAUUGUCAAUACAGACAUAAAUUUUUUGCAAUUAGUGUUGAAUGAACUCCAAUCAUCUGGCGUAAGUGCGGAAGAUGCAACCCUGCAAACAAAGAUUUCUGCUUCUCUCGAGUUCUAUAAUGAAUUGAAGGAUUUUCUAACAUUUAAAUUGUCUAUAUUAACCAACACAGGUUAUGAAUGUGUGGUCGACAGUCACUGUCAGGGUGUAUGUAUUGAUUGUGUAUGCCAUAGGUGUAGAGAUAAUGCCGACUGUGCCAAUGAACCUGACAAACCAAACUGCAGAACAAACGGGUCAGGCAUGAAAAUAUGUGGAGAUCCUCACAUAAGCCAAUCUAUAACAGGAUCAGACAAGAACCUUUGCUAUGACUUUCUUGGUGAACAAGGGAAAUCUUAUUUAUUUCUGGAUGAUUUUGGAAUCAAAAUUGUAGCUAAGCUGAGUAAAGGGGAUGGAAAUCCAAGUAAUACAGAGUUGGUUGAAUACGUAAAUGACCUCACAAUCGCAGUUGGUGAUGUUGUCAUACAACUAACACCACAAAACAUCAAAAUUAAGAAAUCUGGAAAUGCUACCACGAUUAUCCGAUGGGCCAUACAAGAAAUUUCGAAUGAUGUUGGGUGGAUAUCUGUAUCAAGAAAGCAAGCGAAAGUUUAUUUGAGGGAAGGCGACACCACAGUUAAUGUGAUUCGUAAAGGCCUGUCCCGCAAUACAAGUUUCCUAAAUUUUGGAAUCAGUGAAGUCAAUGGUUUGUCGAAGAAAGCAGGGGGGAUUCUGGGCUCCAUUGCUAAUGAGGCAGUGUUUAUCCAAGGAUCAAACACAACCACAGGGAGUGGGGACUUUAUAUCCUGGUCAGGAAUAAUGGUCCCUGUUAACAUAGAUUCCAAACUAUGCCUUAAAGUGGACCAAAUGUAUGAGUACAAAUUGAACAAACAGUUUGAGAAGUUUCAGAUCAAAGAUUUUCCAAAGCUGGACUUUUCUGAAAAAUAAACAUUAUUUGGAAAAAUUACCCCAUUGCGUCAAAAUAGCAUAUGUCAAGUGUAUAGUCAUGUUUUAAAUAAUUUGUGCCGCCCUUGAUGACAGCUGGUUCAAGGCAUGAUGAGGGUGGGUACAUAGGAAGUACAGAGGUACCUUUAAGUAUAAAAAUAAUUCAAUUUAAUUGUAUAUCUGAAACAAUAACAUUUGUGAAAGACAGAUAUUUCUUAAACACUGAAAUAAAUAUGCCUUCUUGUUUAGGACCUUUAGGCAACGACCAA